CCCAAUGUGCGGGCCGUCGUGGUCCAACCUUGCAGUAUCGGUUGCUUUGACAAGUUUGACAGAUACGAAGUGAAAUGUGACAGAUUUGCGUGAAGAAGAGUCGACUCUCAGCCAAUAAUAAAAUUGAGAGUUGUUAUUAUUAAAGUAACAAUUACUAGAAAGUUAAUAGUUCUUCGUUGAUUUACUGCAUGUGUUAAUAACGAUUUCGUUCUACCCUGUUUGCCACGAAUCGGUAUCGUCCACGAGCGAGGGAGAAAGAGAGCAGCCAGUUCUAUUAGCAUAAUUGGCUCGAAACAAGUGCACACGGAACGAACAAGCGACGUAGGUGGGGCAGUGCAUCCACACCCCUUGUUGCAGAAUAUUACGCUACACUUUGCACACACCAGCCCACUGGGUGCAACGGACGGACGCCACCCAGUCUAACGCCCAUAUCGGAGCGGUAGAAUAUUCGCUUCGUUCGCGGUGCAGUACGCGGACAACAAGUCAAAAGACGGUAGCAUAGAGGGAGCGGAAGUUGCUGGCAUCCAUCAACGAUGGCAUCGUUCGACGUAUACGAUCGAUCGAGCUGGUACUUUGGGCCGAUGUCACGCCAAGACGCGACAGAUCUGUUGCUGAACGAGCGAGAAAGUGGAGUGUUUCUGGUCCGCGACAGUACGACCAUUGUAGGCGAUUUUGUGCUAUGCGUGCGGGAGGAUUCCAAAGUGAGCCACUACAUUAUAAACAAAAUCCCUUCCGGGGAAGAAUGCUUCGUGUACCGUAUCGGCGAUCAAACGUUCGCGGACCUGCCGGAUCUACUGUCAUUCUACAAACUGCACUAUCUCGACACGACACCGCUCCGGCGGCCAAUGAUACGCCGGCUGGAGAAGGUAAUAGGCAAGUUUGAUUUCGACGGAAGUGAUCCAGACGAUUUGCCGUUCAAAAAGGGCGAAAUACUGCACAUCAUCAGCAAGGAUGAGGAACAAUGGUGGACGGCUCGCAACGGCCAGGGCCAAACGGGACAGAUACCGGUACCGUACGUGACGCGAUACGAGGAGAACAUAAUCGAGCGGCCAAAUUCGGGCGGCGGCGGGGGAGGAGCUGGACCGGGCCACCACCAUCACCAUCCGGCCGGUGGGCUGCAUCAUUCGGAAAAUUCGAACAUCUUUAAAUCGAAUCUUAACCGACAGCUACCGGCACUGGCACGCGUUAAGCAGGAGCGUGUCCCGAACGCGUACGAUGAGACCGCGCUCAAGCUGAGCGUUGGCGACGUCAUCAAGGUGCUGAAGACGAACAUAAAUGGCCAGUGGGAGGGUGAGCUGAAGGGCAAGAUCGGACACUUUCCCUUCACCCACGUGGAGUUUAUUGAUGAGUGAAUCGGUGCGCACCGUAUGACAGACACCGGGUCCAUCUGCUUUCGGAUGGCGAUGAGAGAGGGAGAGAGAGGUACCAAGCGAGUACGCACAAGCUGCACACCGAAUGUGCUCGGUUUCGUUAACCGAUGUGAGGUAAUUUGCUAUUAAUUUUAAUUCGUUUUUCUUUCGAUUCCGCCGGACACAUCGAUUGCAAUGAUUCAUGUUUUGUGCGGGAUCGUAUCGGAACGAAUUCCGUUCCGUAACAACGCUGUGUUUUAUUCUGUGCGUGUGCUGAUAGUAGAUUAUAUUUAACUGUACAGCCUAUAUUUAGUAUGUUCCGUUGUAAGCAAAAGUGUGUAGAUGAGAUGUAGACGUGUACGUUCCGAGUCAUUCAAUUUAAGUGAUUUUAAAUACGAUUAGGCUAUUAGGUUCGAUUUGCGCUCGGCAGUGGCAAAUAGUAAUUCCAGAUCAUUUUGUGGAUUGAACGGUAGGCGUAGGUUUAACAGUAACCGAAGAGAGCACGGCAAAAGCGCAAGGCACACAAGGCAAGGCACACUCCAAUGUAAUGUUUAGCAGCCCAGAUACAGCAAAUAGGGACAGAAUCAGUUUUAUUUACCUACGCUAUUACUAUAACGCAAGUGCCGCUUGUUGUGCUUAUUCCGUUAAGGUUCGAUCGAAACCGCCCCCGUCAGGUUGGGGGGGUAUUGUGGGGUACGUGGGUGUACGCCCUGUGCCCCCGUAAACGAGAAACAGUCAACAGGUUAAACAAGAAUGAAACUCUCUAGUAUGUAAGGAUGAUUAGCGUACGUUUGUAGUAGGGUACAUGUAGGUUGCGCAGGUUGCGCGGGCUCCUGUAUUAGCGUUGACUCUUUCAGGCUCUCACACUGCUAGCGAUGAUCAUGACGAAAGGGGAAUUAGUAGGGAAGCAAUUGUUGGGAAGAUCUCUCCAUAAGGGUCCAUCGAACGAUAAGCGUGUGUUUGCUCCGUGAUUACCCACGCAGUGUCGCUUCCAGGUAGCGUUCCACGGCAGGGAAGAAACCACACGGACAAUUAAGGUUAGUUUACGUUUCACAGCUUUUUUAUACCGACCAAGAAGAAACCGUAAACGAGAAGCGAGAGUUCAGUAGCUGCAGCAACCAAUAAGUAGUUAGUGGGGAUGGAAGAGUGUCCUUUUUUUCUAGUGUGGUAAACGAUCCCACCCUUGUCUGAUACAAUCAAAUUGGCAUGUUUGAACUAUCGAA